AUGAUGUCGACGAAGCUUUUCGUCGUUCUCGCCGGUCUCGCCGUCGCCCAAUUUUCGCCAAAUCUCGAUUUCAUCGGAUUCGCUGCCAUUCAGCUGCCGGCCGACGACGACAGCGACGAGAAGUUCGACGCGCUGCCGCGAGUGUGGCCGCAAUUUGGCGCCACACGCCAAUUUGGCGAUGGCGACGACGAUGGCCCGACACACUUUGGGAAUCAAGAAAAUUAUGGCCGCAACACGAUGGCGAAUCGAAAAAUUCUCCAACACGCCGGCUAUCUAAGCCUAAUCAACGACAAGGACAAUUUCCAGAUCGCCGGCUGUAAUUGGAAUGUGUUCAUUGCGAAAUGCUCGGAUGCUCUCGGAUUGUGCAAAGGCGGCUGCCGCGACUUCUCGAUGAGCCUCAACGCCAUCAUUCACGACUGCCGAUGCGUUCCCUACGGAUUUUCAGCAUUGCUUAAAUUGGCCGGUUGA